UAACGUCUGUCCAGCCUUGGUCAAGCAAAGCAACGCAUCACGCCAGCGGACUAGUCUCAACACCUUUGGGCGACCUCGGGGGUACCUGACCCGGGAUUAUGUCUAUUGAAUCGCUAGCCACCAGUGCGUAGCAUGGGCAAACAGCACUAGCGUUCAAGAUAUGAUGUCUAAUCCAACUCCGCAAAAAGUCUUUGUUGAGGCUGGCCAGACCUACACAGGCUCUCUUCCCCUCCCAGUUGCGGCACCGUCUGGCAACGAGACCGCGAAUCCCAGUGUCAAGGCAACCCCAUUCCUUGCCGCCGUGUUGGUCGCAAAGACCUCAACAACUAAUGAAAGUGCCACUGUCGUGGACUGUGAUCCAUCUACGGUGCAGCUCAUAACCAGUACUGUAUCAAAUGACACCAUAUCUUGGACGGCACCAGAUGACGGUACAUACAUCCUGGUGGCAGCUUAUGGGCGUGGUACCGGACACCAUCCUGUCAGAUGAGCUUGGUGCUUAUGGCGUGACAUGGAGGUUUCUCUUGGGCACAUACAACUUGGACGCGUCGUUGAGUGUCAGUCAAGGCGUCAUUCACGGGUUCCCUUAUCGAGAUUCUCCUGAUAGCCAGUGGCCAGGAUUCGCACCUUUCACUCCCCUCGGAACUUCCAACGGGUUUGCCGACGCAUGGGGACCUCGACAGCCGCACUGGUUGUUUGCCAACAAUGCAAGCCUGUACAUGGCGAAUGCCGCAAAGCUUCUUCAAGACGGCGGGCCUUCGGUUGACAUCGCCAUCCUCAACCAGGAUUGGGGCGUCACAGCCACAUGGGCUGAUACCUCUCUCAAUGACGGAGGGUAUUCCUACCAAUUCCCCAGUCCAGGAUUGCUCUCCAACAAUAAUGUCACAGUUGAUAAUGCUCGACUGGCACCCAAUGGGCCUAACUACAGGGCAUUGCUCGUCAACGAAACCGCAAUGGAUGUCAGCACAGCGGAACUAUUGCUGUCGUAUGCCAAGGCAGGGCUACCGAUCAUCUUCUUGGACCAGCUCCCAAACACCACAUUUUCCUUCUAUUCUCAGCAGGAGACUGCCGAUGCCACUCUGGCUUCCGUACUAUCGCAGAUUCAAGGUUUGUCGACCACAAAGCUGCUUUCAAACACUACCAGCCUUGUCAGCAUUUUGAAGGGACUGGGAGCUCCGCCUUCCGUGCAAUACACGUCAGGUUACAAUGUGAGUUUCAUCACCCACAGGCGGACUAUGGACUCGGGCUAUCUAUAUUGGAUCUACAACAACGGAGAUGGCGAAUCCACCCAAAGCGUCAGCCUGGAAGGCACAGGAUCACCGUAUGCUAUCAACCUAUGGACUGGAGACGUGGAGCCAAUUGCCUCAUACCCCAGUGUUGAAAGCUAUGUCACGCUCAAUGUCACUCUAGCGGCUACCGCGGCUGCUGCCAUCUAUGUCGGAACCACCAAGACAUUCAAUGCACCAACCCUGCAACAGUAUCUCGUCUCGACAGAUUGUGGCAACUAUGUCGACGGCACUACCAUUCACUUGAUCUCCAACGUCAGUUGUUCGGCAACUACAUCUGCUGGUAAGACUGUAAGUGUUUCUCCUCAAGUUGAGGAGCCUGUAACUCUCACGGAUUGGACUUUGGUAGUGCAAGACUGGGGUCCAGCUGCUAUCAACGAGACCGGCUUGAACUCAUCACUUACUGUCAAGACGACACUCCCGGCUGUAUCUCUCACAUCGCUGGCCGCCUGGCCGAAUAUCACGGGCCUUCAAUAUGCCAGUGGACUUGGCUAUUACAACACGACGGCUUCUUUGAACCUGUCCGGCAGUGACGUUCGUGUUCUCUUCGGCAUUGGCUCCGUGGACGGUGAAUGGAGUCUCACCAUAAAUGGGAAGUCUGUUCCUGGCAUCGAUCAAUUUAGCAGUGUCCCACUUGAUGUGACGGACUAUGUGGUAGACGGUGACAACAAUAUCGAGAUCCUGGUUGCGACCACGCUCUGGAACAAACUCAUUGAGGUCUGGCCGGCGAUUUAUGGCACCUUUGAAGAACAGCUUAUUGGCCUGCUUGGACCGGUCACGCUCACGUACGUCCAGGACGUGACUGUCUAAUCAAGCCACCUCUGGCUCAGAUAAUCGUGGUGAUACUGAUGGAGCGGCUUAUGUUCUGUCCAUACCCUCAGCGGGUUGACUAAGUGGCCUGAACUGAGAUAUAGGGAUCGGCUGAAGUCAACAGGCAAGGGUCGUUCUCGAUGCAAAACGGUGGAGAUCGUGGUCCGAUGGCGGCCGCGUAGCUCCAAUUCAAUUGGUGGUCCGACUACGUAGUGCCUGCCUUUUCAUAAAAGUAUUCUGUCUAGAUGACAUUCGAUCUUUGACCUACAUUGAUAAGCAGCG